CACAACUUGACUUCGAUUUGUACUACUACCACCACAUGUGUACUGGGCUCCGCCUCGAACGCCAACAUCAUUGACACCACGAGAACGAUUUGGACACUGCACGCACCCUGCUCCGUCAAGAUGCUCGCUUAUGCUGGGUUACCCCCGGAAAUAUGGCAGGAACUUCGCGCGGUUGCCUAGGCCAUCCAGACGGAUAUGCCUCUCGGUCUCGAGAGCAUUCCAUGACAUCGCCCUCAGCCUCGUAUUCUAUGAAUUCACUAUCUGUUUUGGUGCUUGGGAGUCCUAUACGGAUGCGGGCUAUAUACAAGGCGACAAGCUGGAGGAUGAGCGGUCGUCCAGGUCGUUCGAUCUGCUCUACCAUAUCAUCGUGGAUCCGCACUUCGCGUCGGUGAUCAGAGACAUGGAGGUCCACGCGUAUAAAGUUGAUGGCGAGAGAAGGGCCUUUGAAAUCCGUGAGUGCAUGCAUUUGAACUGGAACAGAACGAUGCGAAACCUCAGACCUGUACCCAGGCUGUUUGGUGACUGCGCUAGGUUGUCUGCGCAGUCUCUCCUCGUUCAUUUGGCACGGCACGGCCCGCAGCCAACUGUAGCGAUUAUAGACUCGCUUGCGCGAUUGUGUCGAUCUCUGCGUCACCUCUCUGUCCCCAUGGAGUCGCUUGGCGACUUGCCGCUCGAAAGACUCAAUCGCGUCUGCUCUAUUGGCAUAAGUACAACAUCGAUGGACUUGGACGCGGAGAUCACGGACCACUCGUUCUCGACGAAGAUGUGUACGACGAUCCAAGAGAGCCUGCAGACACUGGAGGUACCAUUUCGUAGACCAGCAGAUAUCCCGGCCGCGUGUCUGCCAAAUCUCACGCAUCUGAACUUGGUCUUGAUGAAGACGUUCGAUGGCCUCGAGCGUGUCCUCCGCGGACUGCCUGAUCUCCGUUUGCUAUCCAUUACUACCGCGGGCCCAUUACAUCAAGAUGCAGUGUACGCGUGCGUGUCAUCUCUCCAAUCCGACUUGCCGAACUUGGAGUCGUUCGGUGUGUCAGACCUCGACCAUACGGUGCUGAUGGAUGAAGCCCAAAUUCUCGCCGACUUUCUACGGAACAGGCUUUCACUGCGGCGCGUCGACUACGCCGUAAAUAUACCUACCGGAUGUAUAGGGUUAUUUCUGGAAGCUAUCGGUACUCUGAAGAAUUUGGAGGUGUUCCACAUGGCCAUGUUGGACCAACCUCUUACUCAGGAAUUCAGUGUGGGCCUGCUCUCCCGUCUCCCGUCGAGCCUUGUGGCCAUGAGCCUGUCCACCGAUGGGCAUCUAACUGACCGCAAUGCAUUAUCGCAAUUUUGGGCAUACUUCACCAAUCUGCAGUACCUGUACAUCCGAACUUGGGCAGAGACAGACAUCACGGUGGACGCUAUCGUGGAGGGAUCGACUACGCUCGAGCUUGUUGGCUACAAUGGCCGUUUCUACGAUGUGGAACGCCGAGCCGACCAGCCGCUUUCACUGUCUCCAUGGUCACAUCGUAAACUCGAGUUCCGCAAUGCGCGCGACUUGGGUUGUGAAGGCUGGGAAUGGCUCAUGAGGUACUCUUCAAUCGUGCCUGAGCCGUGAGCGAGCGUGUACACUCC